UCCCGCCCUGUGCGCCGGCUCCCCCUGCAGCGCGGGCAGGCCUGGCCUGGGGGGCUAAUCCAGGUGCCUGGUUUCCACCGGGGCUGCUCAGUGCUUUGGUGCCCGCCAGGCCCGUGCUGCGUUUUCGUGGCCAGCUGCAGGCUCCGGGCAGUGCAGUCCGGGGCGGGCCCCCUGGCCAAGCCGCGGGCUGAAGGUGGAAGGUUGUCAGGGCCCUAGGGCUGUUGUUGUGGCAGCCUCCCCUCCGAAAUUCAGACCUGCCUCUUGGUCCCUGGGUUUUGCUGCGUCUUCGUUCGGUUUUUUGCUUUCUCUGAUGUUUUCCAUGGCUUCCCGCACCCUGGUGUGGGACCGGUGGGCUGUUAGGGCCCCUUCUGCUUUGCGCCAGCGGCUGCGUUGCUGCGGGCGAAGGCUGCGUUUCUGCUCAGCCUGUUCUGGAGCAGGGCCGUAUGACAUUUUUGCCCAUCGGCGAUAUGGGCGCGAUGUCUUAUUUCCUCUGCAUGCCAUGUAGCUUCUCAAAUCAGCAGCGAGGCCUGUGCUUUCGUGUUUGAUGCUUCAUUUGACAAGAGGCACAUUAUAUUUCAAUAUGUAUUUUACCACGGGCUCAGCCUCUUUGUUUUUCGUGCUUGUGUUUGGAAAACUAAAUGUUAGUUUUAAGGUACAGCUGACGGGCUAAUGGUGCCCUUCGGUGCUGAAGCACAGCUGAGUCUGAGUCGUGUUGGCAAACAGAUCUUUAUCCCCCUCACUUCCAUGCUCCUCCAUAACCUCGUGACUAGGAUGAAAAGUAGCAGCAGUCUCCUUGGAUUGCAGCACACAGACUACAUCCAGGCUGUGUGGAGAAAUAGACCUGGUUCAGAUUAAUAGGGAGACUAUAAUAUCCCCUGGCUUGAUCAGUAGCUGCUAUUAGUAUAGGAAAUUGCAAACUUUUCUCUUCCCUCAUCUGUACAGGCAACAGGUUCACUCCGUAGAGAUCUUGUUCUAAAAUGAUUGACUUUUGUUAGCGCAUGAACUUUCCUUGUUAGACUGGGAAUUACUUCCACUUCUUGGUUGACAUGGGGGGGUUGGGAGAGGAAUGAAGGACAUGACAAGUGCCUAAAUACAGGGAAGUAAAUGUUGUUUCUGUUGCUUCAAGUUCACAUUGCUGUUUACCUUCAUAGAUUUUGCUGCAUUUUUGCAAGACAACGCUUGUUACUCAUAGUGAGUGUGAAGUAUGUGUUACACCCGGAGUGAGAAUUUCAGGCUGUUCAGAACAAUGUUAGGUAGAAGUAAUCAGAGCCUUAAUGUUUUAAUGUUCAGAUUUCAGGAAUGAGUAGCCAAAAAGUUGGCUGUACACAACAUAUCUAUCUGGUUUAAGAAGUAAGAUAACUUUUAACAUGAUAUGGCAAUCAUUUUUUUUUUUUAAAUGUGGGUGUCUAGAGUUAGCUCUGCACUUUCAGAUUUAAACAGCUAAGCAAAUGUCCUGAUUUAUGGAACAGCUACAGCUCCCACUGACUUUAAUGAGACUGUUAACAAAAAUAAGCAUUUUUUAUUUGAAAUCACCACUUUGGGCCCUUACUUUGUAAUUUAAUUGUGUACAAGAUCUCUUUUUCAGCGUGGUACUUUCGUCUCUAUUUCUGAUGUCAACCUCUGGAGUACAUGAACACUCUCCUGACAACUAAAUUAGAUUUGUAUGAUGACACCCCUAGUUGACAAAGAAUCUUUACUUUUCUUCCUUUCCUGGUAAAGGAAACUACUUUGAGCCAAAAUUACUUAGCAAGGCCCGGCCUGCUCCUUCCCUUAGGUUUCCCUUAUGCGGCUAUAUAAACCUCAGUUCUCUCAGUGACUGAUCUAGCACAAACUAGGCAGCAUUUUACAGGCUGAUGUCAUGUGCUUCCUAAGAAAUAGUGUGCGAGCAGUUUGGGAGACGGGGAUUUCCUGAGAGUUUGGCUUUGGGAAGUCUUGCAUUUUGACGGGAGGGCUAAAAGAGGGGAGCAUUUAAAACAGGGUGGAAAAGAGGAAAGGAAAUUUCACAGAACCCGACAUCUACUCUGUAGCCUUUCUAAGCUCUGCUAAAUCAAAGAACUCUACAAAAAUGUAUAUAUCCAGAUACAAAGCAUCUUUGAUGUACAGGAACUUAUGUCAAGCCCAAAAAUAAUAUAGGGUCAUAUCAGCUAGACAGGGAAACAUCCUAUUGGAUUUCUUUUCAAUAUGGUUCUUUUGAGCAAUCUUUGACCCACUAGACCUUUUAUGUACUCUGUGGGAAGUGUAAGUACAGCCUGUUUCCUUCUAACUCUCAUAUGGCAGGCUUUUUCUCGAAAGAAGUAUCUAAAAAGAUACUUUGCGUUUAGUUUAGUUUAGUUUAGUAGCUCAGUUGAGAAGUAUUACUUUUAGGGGUGCUUUCUAUGUGUGGUGAUUAGAAGCAGUGCUUUUAGAGACAGUGACUUACUUAAGUUUUCCUGAUUUUCAGCAGAAAAUAUUUUAAUGAAAUAUUGUGUUUACUUGGUGUACAAGAUGAAUAUGUGUAAAUCGUGGCGGAUGGCAUUCACAUAUACAACAUGAAAAUAUUUCAUAGAUAGUAACACUCAUUGAAGAAGAGGGAUACAGUGGAUUACAGAGACUUUCACUCCUCUGCAGUUGGUUCACGUAAAGGCCAGUUGGGAGAGAGCAAAGGUCAUUAUAUCACUCCAUUUUGCUAAUUUCCACCCUCUGCAGCCUCCACAAGGAGGCUGUCACCUUGCGUUUAACUGUGCUUUUCUUCCUACAGGGAAGUGGUUGCUGUGGUGCUCCUCAGAGACAAAGUUGAGAUGUUGGUGAGGUGCAGCAAUGUGAAUGGGACAGGAAUUCAAGAAUUGUUCUCCAAGAUAGGUUGCUGCUGCUACAGCCUUCCUUCUUAGUGUGCUGUUGAAGAUCUCACUUGAAGUGUUCUUCUGAAGAAACCAACAAGGAUAGGAGUACUUUUUUAAAAAAAAAAUGUUUAAAAUACAACUGUGUGUAACAGCUAACAGGAUACCCAGGAAAAGACCAUAUAUGUGUGAUCUCUGCUACAAACAGUUUGAAACACCUUCCAAAUUAGCUAGGCAUUAUCUUAUACACACUGGUCAAAAGCCAUUUGAAUGUCACGUGUGUCAUAAAACUUUUCGGCAGCUAGUCCAUCUGGAGAGACACCAGCUAACCCAUAAACUGCCUUUCAAAUGUAAUAUUUGUCGUAGAAACUUCAAGAACUUGAUCACAUUUUUAAAGCAUCAGCAGCUUCAUAAUGAAAACUACCAGAGUAAUAUUAAGCAAGCAAAAAAACCAGUGGAUACCAAGCAAGAUAGGCUGGUGUACGAGAAGUUUAGAUGUUCCAUUUGCCAAAAAUUGUUUACAACAGAAGAGAGGUGGAUGCUGCAUCAGUGCACGAAAUCAGAUCAUCUGCAUAGUGCCAGAAGGAGAAAAAAAACUCAUGUGUGUGAAACCUGUAACAAGAUGUUUCCAUCACGAUCUAAGCUAGAAAGACACUUGCUUAUUCACACUGGCCAGAAACCUUUUACGUGCUCCUUGUGUGGUAAAUCUUUCAGACAGUCAUCCCAUCUGAAAAUCCAUCAGCUCACACACACAGAAGAGAGGCCUUUUCAGUGCUGUUUUUGUCAGAAGGGGUUUAAGAUACAGAGCAAACUCCUGAAGCACAAGCAACUCCAUGCCAGAAAUAAGACUUUUUCUAGUAUCCUAUAUAAAGCAAAGAAUCCUAAAUACCCCAGGCUACAGAACCUGCUGGAAAGGAAAAAGGAUAAUGUUGAGAAUGUUAAUGCUGAUGAGUCCCAUGAGACUGACCCGCUAGAUGUUUACUCUAUUUAUAUCGUACCUUUUCAGUGCCCUGUGUGUGAGCAGUGUUUUGAAACAGAGCACAUUCUAAAUUUGCACAAAUGUUUUUACCCCAAAGAUGGCAGGAAUCCAAACAGUGGCAUGGGAGCCUACAACCAUAGAACUAGCAUUAAAAGUAAAAUCCUGAUGAAGCUUAAGUGUACUGGAGAAAAGGCACUCGAUUCUUCUCUGUCUGACAGAAAAAGGAUGAAAACAAGUCACUUUAAAAGUCAUGACCUGGUUGCUGCAAGCGAACACCGUUCUGAUCAGAAUGCUUCUCCUAAAGCUUUUAGGAGCUACCACAGCAAGCUUGUCAUGCAUAAGACAAUUAGCAAUAAAAAGAAAAGAACAUUUACUGUGCCAUUACCCUGGCAAGAACACCUGCAAACCCACAAAUUAGGAAUUAAUUUAAAAUGUAUGCUUACUGGCAAAAGCAUGUUAAACAUGGAUGAAUCAGUGCAUAAUAAAGAUGAUUCUUUUUAUGGUUCAUCAGAUGAUGGUUUCUUUGAUAAUCGAGAAGUACUUCACUGUGCUUUUUCAGCUCCCACUGAAAAUAUCCAUAAUAGACACAAAGUGUGUAAAUGUGACAGAUGUGAAAAAAUCUUUCCUUCUUCAUCCAAACUUCAAAGACAUUAUCUGAUUCACACGGGACAGAAGCCCUUUGCCUGUAAUGUUUGUGGGAAGACAUUUAGACAGUCAGCUCACUUAAAAAGACAUCAGCUCACCCAUACUGAAAAGAGACCAUAUAAAAGCCCUGCUUGCCAGGUGGGAUUUGAAAAUCUGAACAAACUUUUCAAUCAUCAGGGAGAUCACAUCGAAUUUAAGUCUUCUCAGCCUGUGGGUUAUUUCCAAAAACCUUCACAGGUAUCUGGCUUUCAAGAAUUUGAGCUGAUACAGCCAAACCAAGCAGCUGAAAUCAAAGUUGAGAUAGAAUCUGGGGACUUCGUUCUUGACACCAGCAGUAGAAACACACAGCCAUAUUUGUGUAGCAAAUCAGUAGAAACAGAGGAAAGCCAUUAUAGUCACUGGUAUGAUUUUUCUGGGAGUACAGAAGAAAGUGAAGUCGUUAAGAUGUUGUAUCAAUGCAGUGUCUGCUUUAAAACUUCUAAAUCACCUUCAGAACUUGAAAGACACUGUUUAAUGCAUGCUGGAUAGAAGCCAUCUGAAUGUUCAGUUUGUGGUAAAACUUUCAGACAGGCCCCGCAUUUGAAAAGGCAUCACCUUACUCACUUUAAAAAGAGAUCAUAAAGAUGGAAUGUUGACCAGAGCUCCACUGAGUGGAAUAACAACUGCCAUGGGAUAUUUUGUGUUGAAUAGAAAGGGAUGGUGUCUGAUGAAAUUAUGUUGCUAAAGUAUAAAGUGUCUUGAUUACAUAAUUAUUAAAAGUCUGAAAUUAGGUUGAAUAUUUUAUGGAAGGAGGCUACUACUUAUGGCUAUGAUCUCAUGAAAGGUUAAUUUACUUAUGUUUAGGCUGUCCAUUGAGUAUAUUCAAUGAUGAAAAUGAGCUGAUUGUAGAAGAUUCUAGUGGUUUUAAAAAGAAGUUUAUAAAUACACAUGGCUAUUGCAUUGACCAUAUUACAGCAAAUCUGUAGUGCAGUAUAAAUCACAAGUGUUAAAGGUUGUGCCUCUUCCCAUAUCUAGUUUUAGUAUUUCAUGACAAUAUGCUGUCUGACUAAACCUAACAAAAAGCAAAGGCCAAAAGGCUGUCCUCAUAGUAUAUAAAAAGGCCCCCUUUCAUUUGGUGUUUCCACCUCCAUGUAUAUUGCAAACAUAGGAUGCAUGCUGCGCCUGAUUUGGUGCCUUAUUUUCAUGUUCUUGUUUCUUCUACAGACAAGGUGAUGCCAGAAGAGGCAGGCAAGCACUAGAUAAAGCAGAAGUAGAGAGGAAAUUCUAGAGAGAGAAAUUAUUUUUACAUUAGUAAUAUAAGGUUAAUGGAGAAAAAUGCUAUUUACUUUAUUUGUGAAGUGCUUUGAAAUCUGUGGAUGGAGAGCAGUAUAUAAAAUCUAGAUUUUUUUUAUUUAUUAUAUUAUUAAACAAAUAUACAUUAAAAUUGCAACGUUUGUUGGAGUCUAUUCAACCUUGUACAACGCUUCUGGGGUCACCUGACCCCAGUUGUCUUUCGCACUUGGUGCAGGGGGGCGGGACUUUGAUCUUCCAAGGUCCCUUCCAGCCUCACAAUCUAUGAACCUAUGAAAGUUCAUUUGCUUCCAACUGGCCUUCUGGUCAUUCCACGUAAUACUCAAGUAUUUUUCAAGGGAAGUGGAUAACUUAAGCUCCCAGUUUUGUUCAGGUUGCAAUGUUCUUUUUAGUUUUUCUCUCCAUUUUUACACCCUAUAGUCUGCUCUGUCAAAAGGCUGAAAUUGUGGGGGACGGCCUCUUUGUUUCCCAGUGAUACUACAGUACAAAUUAAGGAAAUAUUCCUUAUGGUGGGAUAAGAUAAGUGACGAACAACAUUAUCAGGAAGUUGCAUCCCUUUAUAUGGGACUGCAAGGGACAGCUAAUCCAACUCAAGUAGGUCCAUUUUUGCAUUAAUAAAACCUGCAGAUGCAGUCUGAAAUUUCUGACUCCUAUGCCUGUUGUGCUGGUAGAAUGGAUGAAAAAUUGAUGCAUUGGUUAAGCAGACUAAGGAAACUUUAUUUAGCAUAAGUAAAAAUAAAGUUAGGGUUUGUUCUUCCUUUAAAAAAAGUUGCCUUCUGCUACGUUUUUAUUUGCUUAUGUGACUUUUGAAGUUGAAAUGUAAAGUUUCCAACUAUAUCCUAACUAACACAAAAAUUAUAUGAUUAAACCUGUUUAAAUCGAUCCAGAAUUAUUAUUUUUUAAAUCUUUGGACUGAUUUUUUGCAGUCUAUUAAGUAGCUAACAUAUAUUGCAGUGGUAUAAGCUGUGUUUGGUAUGACUGAAGUGAGGUUUGUUUGUUUUUUUUGUCCCCAUUCUGAAACGAUCUCCCAGUUUGGGAGAGAAUAAAAUUAAAAAGACAAUCUGAAACAGUUACUUGCUGGUAUUUUUAUAUAAGAGUGUUCCAUUAACUCUAAGAAUCACUAUUGGUUAUAUAUUUAAAUUCUUUCUCCAUGUUCUUUUUAUAUUGUUUUGGUGGAAUACAAUAUUAUAUCAAAUGUUUUGAAGGUGUGCUGUAGAGCUCUUUUGAAGUAUGUACAAUAAACCAUUUACUUACAUGGUAUCUCUACUGAUACUUGCAUU